AUGGCCAAAGAGGAAGUCGACGCGCCGGUGGCGACGGCCCCUGAGAUUGAAACGGCGCCGGCACCGGCACCGGUCCACGGCGUCUACAUUGCCGAGGGCACGGGCAAGACGGCGCAAAACGAGGGCGCCACGUCCAAGGAAGUGCACAAUGCCGAGCUCUUUGCGGCCAUCCAAGAGAGCAACAUCCCGCGGUGGAGCAAGUCGUCAAUCCAUCUGUACUUUUGCAUCUUCAUCGCGUUUUGCUCGUCGUACGCCAACGGCUACGAUGGCUCCAUCUUCAGCUCCAUCCUGGGCAUGGCCCAGUUCCAAAAGGACAUUCCCAUUGGCACCGACGGCUCCAAGGUCUCGGUGGUGACGUCCCUCUACAACGUUGGAAGCAUCGUCACGACUCCCAUUGCCGCGCUGAUCAGCGACCGCUUCGGCCGCCGCAUCGGCAUGCUCGUGGGGGCCAUCGGGAUCAUCAUCGGCAGCAUCGUGACGGCGACCUCGGGCACCAUGGCGCAGCUGACGGUGGGCCGCUUCAUCCUCGGCAGCGGCGUGCAGUUCAUGACCGUGGCCGCGCCCGCGUACGCCAUUGAGAUUGCGCCGCCGCACUGGCGCGGCCGCUGCACGGGCCUGUACAACUGCGGCUGGUUUGCGGGCGCGGUGCCGGCGGCGUGCAUCACGUACGGCACGCAGUUUAUCAACAGCAGCUAUGCGUGGAAGGUGCCGCUGAUCCUGCAGAACCUGGCGAGCGUGAUUGUGGUGUUUUCGGUGUGGUUCAUCCCCGAGUCGCCGCGGUUCCUGUUUGCCAAGGCGCGCGACGACGAGGCCAUUGACUUCCUGGUGACCUACCACGGCAACGGCAACCGCCAGUCGCGGCUGGUGCUGCUGGAAAUCGAGGAGAUCCGCGAGAGCAUCCGCCAGGACGCCGUCGACAAGGCCAAGCCGUGGUGGGACUACUCGCCCUUCUUCACGCACAACGGCCGCUGGCGCGCGGCGCAGGCCAUCAUGAUGGGCGUCUUUGGCCAGUUCUCGGGCAACGGCCUCGGCUACUUCAACGUGCAGAUCUACAAGCUCAUCGGCGUCGACUCGCAGUCGCAGCAGCUCGGCUACCAGAUCCUGUACCAGGUCGUCGGCGCCAUCGGCGCCCUGACCGCCGUGUCGCUGACCGACCGCAUGCCGCGCCGCCCCGUCCUCAUCUACGGCACCUUUGGCGUCGCCUGCCUGCUGGCCAUCAACGCCGGCCUCACCAACGCCAUCGCCAACGACCAGGCCGCCCACGGCGGCGUCAUCACCAACAAGAACAACGCCCGCGGCGCCCUGGCCUUUUACUUUUUGUUCCAGACCUUUUACUCCUUCACCUACACCCCGCUGCAGGGCGUCGUCCCCGCCGAGGCCCUCGACACCACGCUGCGCGCCAAGGGCCUCGCCCUCUACGGCUUCGCCGUCGGCGCCGUCGGCUUCAUCAACACCUACGCCGGCCCCAUUGCCCUCGCCAACAUCACCUACAAGUACAUCUACGUCUUUGUCGGCUGGGACGUCGUCGAGGCCAUCCUCUGGUACUUUCUCUGUGUCGAGGCCCAAGGCCGCUCCCUCGAGGAGCUCGAGUGGGUCUACAACCAGCCCAACCCCGUCAAGGCCUCGCAAAAGGUCGACAAGGUCGUCCUGCAGGCCGACGGCACUGUCAGCGAGAAGAUUGUCGAGCACGCGGAGUGA